CGCCAAAUAGUGUUUUAAAUGCACAAUAUUUACUUAGUGAAAUUGCAUUUCAAUUGAAUUUUUAUUAGCCAUGCUCUAAGUUACAAGUAGUUCACUCAGAACCAAAAAAGCUUUAGUUUUAAUUAUAGAAAUAUAAUUCCUAUUAGAAAAAAAAGGGUCUUGAAGAACUGUUUAAUAAUAUAUCAAUUUAAAGCUAUUAGCAACAAUUUAAUUGUACAUUCAUUAUAGUCAGACUGGCGACCCCAAAAUAAAGAAAACUAGCAACUAUUAGCCAUACAUUUGUAAUGUGUAAUUUGGUUUUUAAUGAAAGGAUAGCCAUUACUAGUAGAUUAUUUCAUUGUAAAUUUAGCUGGUCUAACGGCUAACUAUGUGAAAUAGGUUAGCGAAUGGCAAAUGUCAGUUUUUCAAAUCCUUUAAUUUCGAUAAUAGCUCGCAGACGUAAACGCUUUACUGACCUAAAACUUUUAAAUGCCUAAAAAAUGGUAUAAAGCUUUACAUUUUUGGCUCAAGGUAAGGCGUUACCAUUCUUUCAAAAUGAAUAUUUAAUUUUGCGAAUUCGAAGGCAGUAGGAGGGCAAAUGAAGAAGGUCGGUUCAGUAAGUUCUCAAAAGGACUCUUUCAAUGUAUCUCCCAGAUUUGGAGACCCUAUUUAGUAACUACACGAUGUUGUUUGAAGCACUGAGAUAAUAAUCAGUUUCUAAUAAAUGAUAUAAGUGAAGUAAACUAAUUUUCUUGAGUCCCAAACAUACUGAUUAAAUGUAGCUACCCCGAAUUGGUCACUCCAAUCCAAUUGACUCACAAAAAUGCUUCUGUGAUGUAUGCCUUUGAGCCAAAUAUACUGCUGAAGCCAUUGCAAACGCAGUGUGUGCAAUUAGUGGGCCAACUCGCUUAACUACCAAAUUAGCUGCUGCGCUGGUGACGAUUUGGUGACCCCAUAGUUGGGCAUAGUUCGGAUCGAUUGGUCGCUGUCCAAAUGCGGGGCCCCCCAAAAGCGGGUCAGCAUGAUUUGUGAUUAUAACUGGUGUUCCAUAUUCGGGUCUCAUAAGUUAUGGACGCAGUCGGACUUGACCAGUCCAACUGGUGCCAAACGCCCGAAAAUAAUGGCCCGCUGUUGCAAUGGGGGGAAAAGGAGCCGUGGAAAAUCGAGAAAGGCAUCAGCUUGAUGACCUAAAAAUAGAAUAAGUCACAAAAGGCGGCGAAGGCGAAUAGCGAAUGGCGAAUGGCGAGAGGCGAAUAGCGAAAGGCGAACGGCGAAAGGAUAAGCGGCGAAAAGGGGUGGUUGAGUGGCACAACAAAACCCGUGUUGACAACGACUUAGGCCACAGGGUGGUAUACGGUAAAUCGUAUGUGGUAUAUGGCAAAAGGACCUCACACAAACACAUACACACACACACAGUCCAGUACUGCUUCUGCUCCUCUUUGCGGCGGAUUCGAGUAAAAGAAGUCGCGGCGAAACAGACAGCUGCAUGCUUCGCCCCAAAAUGAAGUUACCCAGAGAGUGCUGACUCUCUCUAGAACGCUCAAAUCGCUCGGUGCUCGGUGCUCGUUGCUCGGUGCUCAGUGCUCGACUUUUUUUUCGUGUCCUUUGUAUCCUGCUCUGCGUUUACGUGCGCGCGAACGUUGCAUAAACAUAAACAAAACGCGACUCGCAGCGAACUGAAGCGGUAGCUCUGGUGCUCUGCGACACAACCUUUUUUUUUACUGUGUAAUAUCCAGUGCGAUAUUAUCCUGCCAUAUUUGGUGUGCCCUUUUUUUUUGAGUGUGCGAAGCUGGCGAAAUUGAAACUAAAACAGCAACAGAAACCACAAAUAAUAAUAACAAUAUUACCCAUAAUACGGAAACACAUAUAUUAUAAUAAUAACAACAGUUAAAGCGAAAGGCAAAAACACAUCCAAAAGCGAAAUAAUAUUAAUAAUAAUAGCAAUACAAAUAAUAAUAAACCGAAACAGCUCUGGGAACAAAACGCAACGUUUGAUGAAAAUUUUUUGGCAACACGUCGCGUCGUCGUGGUUGUUGUUAACCACAUCCUGCUAACGCCAAAAACCCAAUAAAAAUUCAAACCGAAAAACCCAAUAAUAAUACAAAUUAAACAAACAAAACAAAAAAGCAAGCAAAAAUACAAAAAAAAAAAAACCAAAAAAAGAAAAAACAAAAAACCAAACAACAAAUUCAUCUUCUACUUGUUCUACCGCUUCAACUUUAUUCGUCUUCGUCUCCGUAAUAAAUAUAUAUAUAUUUAUAUAAAUAUACAUAUAUAUGCAUAUGUGUGUGAGUGCGUCGCGUUUGUGUUGGUGCCUGUAAAUGUGUGAGCCACAACAACAACAACAGCAACAGCAGCAGCAGCCAGAGCAACAACCACAGCAACAACAAUAAUAGUUAACAGCAGCAACAAUUCUUAACAGCAACAACAACAACAAUACCAGCAAGCACCUCCACAACAAAAGCAACAAGAAGAACAACCACAAUAGCAACCACAAUAAUAACAUCAGCGGAUAGAGCGAGCAGCCAAGCACAACAUCGAUUGACAUCGAUUAACGCAUCGUGCUAAGCGGCGGGCGCUAAUCGAACAUGGCGCCUCGGAUAUAGUUGUAGCUUUAAUGUAGCAGGCGACAUCCAUGUGCCUCAUGCCUUGGAAAUCUAAGGCUCUCAUCGUUGGCCGCAUAGACAAUGACAGAAGAUUCCGACUCGAUAUCUGAGGAAGAACGCAGUUUGUUCCGUCCCUUUACCCGCGAAUCAUUGGUGCAAAUCGAACAACGCAUUGCCGCUGAACAUGAAAAGCAGAAGGAGCUGGAAAGAAAGAGAGCCGAGGGAGAGGUGCCGCAAUAUGGUCGCAAGAAAAAACAAAAAGAAAUCCGAUAUGAUGACGAGGACGAGGAUGAAGGUCCACAACCGGAUCCUACACUUGAACAGGGUGUGCCAAUACCUGUUCGAUUGCAGGGCAGCUUCCCGCCGGAAUUGGCCUCCACUCCUCUCGAGGAUAUCGAUCCCUUCUACAGCAAUAUACUGACAUUCGUAGUUGUAAGCAAAGGAAAAGAUAUUUUUCGCUUUUCUGCAUCAAAAGCAAUGUGGCUGCUCGAUCCAUUCAAUCCGAUACGUCGUGUGGCCAUUUACAUUCUAGUGCAUCCAUUAUUUUCCCUAUUCAUCAUCACCACAAUUCUCGUCAACUGCAUCCUGAUGAUAAUGCCGACAACGCCCACGGUUGAGUCCACUGAGGUGAUAUUCACCGGAAUCUACACAUUUGAAUCAGCUGUUAAAGUGAUGGCACGAGGUUUCAUUUUAUGCCCGUUUACGUAUCUUAGAGAUGCAUGGAAUUGGCUGGACUUCGUAGUAAUAGCUUUAGCUUAUGUGACCAUGGGUAUAGAUUUAGGUAAUCUAGCAGCCUUGCGAACGUUUAGGGUGCUGCGAGCGCUUAAAACCGUAGCCAUUGUGCCAGGCUUGAAGACCAUCGUCGGCGCUGUCAUCGAAUCGGUGAAGAAUCUGCGCGAUGUGAUAAUCCUCACCAUGUUCUCCCUGUCGGUGUUCGCGCUAAUGGGCCUGCAGAUCUACAUGGGCGUGCUCACCCAGAAGUGCAUCAAGAAGUUCCCGCUGGACGGCUCCUGGGGCAAUCUGACCGACGAGAACUGGGACUACCACAAUCGCAACAGCACCAACUGGUACUCGGAGGACGAGGGCAUCUCAUUUCCGCUGUGCGGCAAUAUAUCCGGCGCGGGGCAAUGCGACGAUGACUACGUGUGCCUGCAGGGGUUUGGACCCAAUCCGAACUACGGCUACACCAGCUUCGACUCGUUUGGAUGGGCCUUCCUGUCCGCCUUCCGGCUGAUGACACAGGACUUUUGGGAGGACCUGUACCAGCUGGUGUUGCGCGCCGCCGGACCAUGGCACAUGCUGUUCUUUAUAGUCAUCAUCUUCCUAGGUUCAUUCUAUCUUGUGAAUUUGAUUUUGGCCAUUGUUGCCAUGUCGUAUGACGAAUUGCAAAAGAAGGCCGAAGAAGAGGAGGCUGCCGAAGAGGAGGCGAUACGUGAAGCGGAGGAGGCUGCCGCCGCCAAGGCGGCCAAGCUGGAGGAACGAGCAAAUGCGCAGGCUCAGGCAGCAGCGGAUGCGGCUGCCGCCGAAGAGGCUGCACUGCAUCCGGAGAUGGCCAAGAGCCCGACGUAUUCGUGCAUCAGCUAUGAGCUGUUCGUUGGCGGCGAGAAAGGCAAUGAUGACAACAACAAGGAGAAGAUGUCCAUUCGCAGCGUCGAGGUGGAGUCGGAGUCGGUGAGCGUUAUACAAAGACAACCAGCACCUACCACAGCACACCAAGCUACCAAAGUUCGUAAAGUGAGCACGACAUCCUUAUCCUUACCUGGUUCACCGUUUAACAUACGCAGGGGAUCACGUAGUUCUCACAAGUACACGAUACGGAACGGACGUGGCCGCUUUGGUAUACCCGGUAGCGAUCGCAAGCCGUUGGUAUUGUCAACAUAUCAGGACGCCCAGCAGCACCUGCCCUAUGCCGACGACUCGAAUGCCGUCACCCCAAUGUCCGAGGAGAAUGGGGCCAUCAUAGUGCCUGUAUACUACGGCAACCUAGGCUCUCGGCACUCAUCGUACACCUCGCAUCAGUCCCGAAUAUCGUAUACCUCACAUGGCGAUCUACUCGGCGGCAUGGCCGUCAUGGGCGUCAGCACAAUGACCAAGGAGAGCAAAUUGCGCAACCGCAACACACGCAAUCAAUCAGUGGGCGCCACCAAUGGCACCACCUGCCUGGACCCCAAUCACAAGCUCGAGCAUCGCGACUACGAAAUCGGUCUGGAGUGCACGGACGAAGCUGGCAAGAUUAAACAUCACGACAAUCCUUUUAUCGAGCCCGUCCAGACACAAACGGUGGUAGACAUGAAAGACGUGAUGGUCCUGAACGACAUCAUCGAACAGGCCGCUGGUCGGCAUAGUCGAGCAAGCGAUCGCGGUGUCUCCGUUUACUAUUUCCCAACAGAGGACGAUGACGAGGACGGGCCAACGUUCAAAGACAAGGCACUCGAAGUGAUCCUCAAAGGCAUCGAUGUGUUUUGUGUGUGGGACUGUUGCUGGGUUUGGUUGAAAUUUCAGGAGUGGGUCUCGCUAAUAGUCUUCGAUCCCUUCGUCGAGCUCUUCAUCACGCUGUGCAUUGUGGUGAACACGAUGUUCAUGGCGAUGGAUCACCACGACAUGAACAAGGAGAUGGAGCGCGUGCUCAAGAGUGGCAACUAUUUCUUCACGGCCACCUUCGCCAUCGAGGCCACCAUGAAGCUGAUGGCCAUGAGCCCCAAAUACUAUUUCCAGGAGGGCUGGAACAUCUUCGACUUCAUCAUCGUGGCCCUCUCGCUUUUGGAGCUGGGUCUUGAGGGUGUCCAGGGCCUGUCCGUCUUGCGUUCUUUUCGAUUGCUGCGUGUUUUCAAGCUGGCCAAAUCCUGGCCGACGCUGAAUUUGCUCAUAUCGAUUAUGGGCCGCACUGUCGGCGCCCUCGGCAAUCUGACCUUCGUCCUGUGCAUUAUUAUCUUCAUAUUCGCGGUUAUGGGCAUGCAGCUGUUUGGCAAGAACUACACAGAUCACAAGGACCGCUUCCCGGAUGGCGACCUGCCGCGCUGGAACUUCACCGACUUCAUGCACAGCUUCAUGAUCGUGUUCCGGGUGCUCUGCGGCGAAUGGAUCGAGUCCAUGUGGGACUGCAUGUACGUGGGCGAUGUCUCGUGCAUUCCCUUCUUCUUGGCCACCGUUGUCAUCGGCAAUCUUGUGGUACUUAACCUUUUCUUAGCCUUGCUUUUGUCCAAUUUUGGCUCAUCUAGCUUAUCAGCGCCGACUGCCGAUAACGAUACGAAUAAAAUAGCCGAGGCCUUCAAUCGAAUUGGCCGAUUUAAAAGUUGGGUUAAGCGUAAUGUUGCUGAUUGUUUCAAGUUAAUACGUAACAAAUUGACAAAUCAAAUAAGUGAUCAACCAUCAGGUGAGAGGACCAACCAGAUCAGUUGGAUUUGGAGCGAAGAGCAUGGUGACAACGAAUUGGAGCUGGGUCACGACGAGAUCCUCGCCGAUGGCCUGAUCAAGAAGGGAAUCAAGGAGCAGACGCAACUGGAGGUGGCCAUCGGGGAUGGCAUGGAGUUCACGAUACACGGCGACAUGAAGAACAACAAGCCGAAGAAAUCCAAAUAUCUAAAUAACGCAACGAUGAUUGGCAACUCAAUUAACCACCAAGACAAUAGACUGGAACACGAGCUAAACCAUAGAGGUUUGUCCUUACAGGACGACGACACUGCCAGCAUUAACUCAUAUGGUAGCCAUAAGAAUCGACCAUUCAAGGACGAGAGCCACAAGGGCAGCGCCGAGACGAUGGAGGGCGAGGAGAAACGCGACGCCAGCAAGGAGGAUUUAGGUCUCGACGAGGAACUGGACGAGGAGGGCGAAUGCGAGGAGGGCCCGCUCGACGGUGAUAUCAUUAUUCAUGCACACGACGAGGAUAUACUCGAUGAAUAUCCAGCUGAUUGCUGCCCCGAUUCGUACUAUAAGAAAUUUCCGAUCUUAGCCGGUGACGAUGACUCGCCGUUCUGGCAAGGAUGGGGCAAUUUACGACUGAAAACUUUUCAAUUAAUUGAAAAUAAAUAUUUUGAAACAGCUGUUAUCACUAUGAUUUUAAUGAGUAGCUUAGCUUUGGCAUUAGAAGAUGUACAUCUGCCACAAAGACCCAUACUGCAGGAUAUUUUAUACUAUAUGGACAGAAUAUUUACGGUUAUAUUCUUCUUGGAAAUGUUAAUCAAGUGGUUGGCGCUCGGCUUCAAAGUGUACUUCACCAACGCGUGGUGUUGGCUCGAUUUCGUGAUUGUCAUGGUAUCGCUUAUCAACUUCGUUGCUUCACUUGUUGGAGCUGGUGGUAUUCAAGCCUUCAAGACUAUGCGAACGUUAAGAGCACUGAGACCACUACGUGCCAUGUCCCGUAUGCAGGGCAUGAGGGUCGUCGUUAAUGCGCUGGUACAAGCUAUACCGUCCAUCUUCAAUGUGCUAUUGGUGUGUCUAAUAUUUUGGCUAAUUUUUGCCAUAAUGGGUGUACAGCUUUUUGCUGGAAAAUAUUUUAAGUGCGAGGACAUGAACGGCACGAAGCUCAGCCACGAGAUCAUACCAAAUCGCAAUGCCUGCGAGAGCGAAAACUACACGUGGGUGAAUUCAGCAAUGAAUUUCGAUCAUGUAGGUAACGCGUAUCUGUGCCUUUUCCAAGUGGCCACCUUCAAAGGCUGGAUACAAAUCAUGAACGAUGCUAUCGAUUCACGAGAGGUGGACAAGCAACCAAUUCGUGAAACGAACAUCUACAUGUAUUUAUAUUUCGUAUUCUUCAUCAUAUUUGGAUCAUUUUUCACACUCAAUCUGUUCAUUGGUGUUAUCAUUGAUAAUUUUAAUGAGCAAAAGAAAAAAGCAGGUGGAUCAUUAGAAAUGUUCAUGACAGAAGAUCAGAAAAAGUACUAUAAUGCUAUGAAAAAGAUGGGCUCUAAAAAACCAUUAAAAGCCAUUCCAAGACCAAGGUGGCGACCACAAGCAAUAGUCUUUGAAAUAGUAACCGAUAAAAAAUUCGAUAUAAUCAUUAUGUUAUUCAUUGGUCUGAACAUGUUCACCAUGACCCUCGAUCGUUACGAUGCGUCGGACACGUACAACGCGGUCCUAGACUAUCUCAAUGCGAUAUUCGUAGUUAUUUUCAGUUCCGAAUGUCUAUUAAAAAUAUUCGCUUUACGAUAUCACUAUUUUAUUGAGCCAUGGAAUUUAUUUGAUGUAGUAGUUGUCAUUUUAUCCAUCUUAGGUCUCGUACUUAGCGAUAUUAUCGAGAAGUACUUCGUGUCGCCGACCCUGCUCCGUGUGGUGCGUGUGGCGAAAGUGGGUCGUGUCCUUCGACUGGUGAAGGGAGCCAAGGGCAUCAGGACACUGCUAUUCGCGUUGGCCAUGUCGCUGCCGGCCCUGUUCAACAUCUGCCUGCUGCUGUUCCUGGUCAUGUUCAUCUUCGCCAUCUUCGGCAUGUCCUUCUUCAUGCACGUGAAGGAGAAGAGCGGCAUCAACGAUGUCUACAACUUCAAGACCUUCGGACAGAGCAUGAUCCUGCUCUUUCAGAUGUCGACGUCAGCCGGUUGGGAUGGUGUACUGGACGCCAUAAUCAAUGAGGAAGCAUGCGAUCCACCCGACAACGACAAAGGCUAUCCGGGCAAUUGUGGUUCAGCGACCGUUGGAAUAACGUUUCUCCUCUCAUACCUAGUUAUAAGCUUUUUGAUAGUUAUUAAUAUGUACAUUGCUGUCAUUCUCGAGAACUAUAGUCAGGCCACCGAGGACGUGCAAGAGGGUCUGACCGACGAUGACUACGACAUGUACUACGAGAUCUGGCAGCAGUUCGAUCCGGAGGGCACCCAGUAUAUACGCUACGACCAGCUGUCCGAAUUCCUGGACGUGCUGGAGCCCCCGCUGCAGAUCCAUAAGCCGAACAAGUACAAGAUCAUAUCGAUGGACAUACCCAUCUGUCGUGGCGACCUCAUGUACUGCGUCGACAUCCUCGACGCCCUCACGAAAGACUUCUUUGCGCGCAAGGGCAAUCCGAUAGAGGAGACGGGUGAGAUCGGUGAGAUAGCGGCCCGUCCGGACACGGAGGGCUACGAGCCCGUCUCAUCGACGCUGUGGCGCCAACGCGAGGAGUACUGCGCCCGGUUGAUCCAGCACGCCUGGCGCAAGCACAAGGCGCGCGGCGAGGGAGGUGGGUCCUUCGAGCCGGAUCCGGAUCAGGGUGGCGGCGGCGAUGGCGGUGAUCCGGAUGCCGCCGAACCGGAGCCAGAUGAAGCGACGGACGCCGAGGCCCCCGAUGGAGAUGGUAGUGGUGUUAAUGGUACAGGAACUGGAGAUGGAGCUGCCGAUGCCGACGAGAACAAUGUAAAUAGUCCGGGUGAGGAUGCAGCGGCAGCAGCAGCAGCGGCGGCGGCGGGUACGACGGCGGGAACGGCGGCGGGAAGUCCGGGAGCGGGCAGCGCCGGACGACAGACCGCCGUUCUCGUGGAGAGCGACGGGUUCGUGACGAAGAACGGCCACAAGGUGGUCAUCCACUCGCGAUCGCCGAGCAUCACGUCGCGCACGGCGGAUGUCUGAGCCAGGCCUCGCCCCCCCCUCCAAGAUGCACGCGAGUAUUAGCAUGAGUACGUGUUGGAUGUUGCAUGUUGCAUCAGCGACUUGCAGCAACAGUGAGCUAACAACAACAGCAACAUGGCGAACAACAAGCAUAAUUUUCUGCUAUAUAAUGAAAGUACAACAUACAAACAAAUACAACAACAAUAACAACAACAACAUCAGAAGAACAACAACAACAACAACAACAACAAGCGAUGAAAUAACGAAGAAGAACAACAACAUAACAACACCAGUGUAAUGUCUUUGAGUUACAUAUAUGUAUACCCGCACUAUUCAGUUAACGAGUCAGCAACCAACAACAAUCAUACUUAAGCUAAACCGAAAUGUCUAAAUAAUUUGUAAGCAGCUCGUAGUCCAAUCAAUUUAGGCGUUUUUCCAAACAACUAUUGGCCUAAGCAGGUGGAAGAAGAAGAUUAACAUCAAUACACACACACACACACAAACACUACACACAUUUACAUGACCAUAAACAAGAAUAAUACCCUAACAAAAAUCGAAACAGAUAACAAAGUUAAAGAACGAUGAACAAGCUCUAAAAAUUGUAUUUGCCAGUAGUGAGACAACAACCAACACGCUUGAUUUAAUUAACUACUUACCAAACCUAAAAAGCAAAUAACAAGAAAAGGGAGAAAGACGAGCGUACAACGGUGAAGGUAAGGGAGCAGAAGCAAAACCACUAAAAACAAAUCCCCAAAAAGCUACAUUCUAAAAUAAACAAGAUUAACUUUUUUAAACUUAUUCUAAACGAGACGAGAACACCAAUUCGCAUAGUUUGUAUUGUACAUUUAUUCAGCUAAAUAAUUAAAAACCAAAUGGAGUAAAUCAAAAGCGGACCCGAAACAAGUAACUAAAGCAACACCAAUAAAAAUUACCGCCUCAACUGCCAUUGAAAGCAAUACGAACCAAAGAAGAAGAAAAAAACCAAAGAGAGAAAAACAAAAGCGAAAGCUAAAAGUCAAAGUAUAUUCACACAAUAUCCAUACACCCACUUACACGUACACCCGCACACAAAAAGGAAGGGAAAUGGUCACCCAGGAGAGUAAUAGGCAGACAGAGUAAUUUCAGAUUCAGAAACGAUCAUAACUAUCGAUCGGACAUAUUCCCUUCGCAAAUUCAAUUAGGCCAUAACAUUCCAUUAUCCCAUUGGGCCAGCAAGAAAGUUCAAAGCAAACAUUUUACCAAUAGAGAUCGGAUGGUUGAGGCUAUGACCUCAUUUUGAGGUUAUGUCCUCACUUUGAGGUUAUGUGCUCACAUUGAAGUUAUGUUCUCAUUUGGAGGUUAUGUCCUCGGACAUACCCCAUACACACAGAAACACUGACACACAAACACAGAGCGACAACAGUACCAAACAAAAUCCUUGGAGUUGGGGCGCAUGGAGCAAACGAAAGUGAGCCGAAGACGAGUAAAACCUUAAAGGAAAGCCUUAGCAAUUCAUAUUUGAAUUCGAUCAGUUAACAAAUCGAUCAACAAAAACAAUUAAACAAUGAAAGCGCGCAUGAAGUGUCUAAAAGAAUGGAACAAUACCAAGAAUGUGAAGUGAAAGAGAACCAGUACCGAAACAAGUUCAAAGCGAAGCGAAGCAAGUGCUAAAAGACGAGAAAAAUAAAACAGAAAAUAGCAGAAGAAGCGUUUGUGCCUAGCACAAGACAAAACUAAAGCAAACAAAGAAAUGAAAACGAGUGAACAAUUUAAACAAGUUUUUGUUUUCAAAGUGCUCUAUUUUCACAUACUUCUUUUUUAUCUUAACCUACAAGUAGAAUCGAGCAAAGGUCGCGAUUAAUGCUAAAUUACACAAUGAGCAAGGAGAGUAAUUACGAAAAGAAUAUAUAUUACACCUAAUUAUAACAUAACUAAUUUAACUAAAAUACGAUAUUGAUACUGAAUUGAAUUCAAACAAAGUUUUAGCCCGACCGCUUAAAAUCGUAGCAUACUUUUCAGCGCAUUCGCUUUCCCUUUCGUAUCCGCCGCAGCCGCGUUAUGACGAAGGACAAGGUGAUAUGAGAAAAACGAUAGCCGAUAAUCAAUCCAAAAAAAAGAUAGAGUAUUCCAUUUAGUUGCGCUCAAUUUUGCCAAGCUAAGCUUUGUUUGAAUCAGCUUUACUGCAUUUGAUUUCUUUGGUUUCUCUGUCGUUUCAUUUACUAGCAAUGCCUUUUCGCCGCUGUUCAGUUUUGUAUUGACAAGCAAACGAUUACCGAUUACAAAUUACCAAUUACCGAUUACAAUAACGAUAAAUGAAACUCCAUCGAAUGGCCCCACUACUCUGACAGUUGGGAAUCAUUUCGACUCGAGAGCCGCAGCAAACGAAAUUAUAUGUGAGGUUCCAUUGCGCACACACACACAGUACUCACUCACCACAUUCACCCACUCACCCAAGAAACAUAUAAAAACUUAAACACACGUAAAUGCUUUGCUUUUGCUUCGAAAUUGCUGCAAUCGUAGGAGGUGAAUGAAAAACGAAUACUUUUGGGAUAAAUGCGCUUUAAUAAAACUAUUACCAAUUCACCCAUUGUCACUCACGUCCACGAAAAAAACAUACACAGAGAUAGACAUGGACAUUGAAAGGACCUUCUCUCAGUGGCGAUCCUCUUCUCGCUGACUUGCUCUUACUCGAUCUCCGACACAAAUUGAUACAGUUGUACAAAACAUGCUUUCACACACUGCCGGACUUCUAGCUAUCUGUUGAAUCAAAUACAAAUGCGGAACUUGUUCUAAGCACAUUCACAUCUACCCACUGACAAAUAAACAGCAUCGUACACAAGUAUUUAAUUUUGGGAAUUGACAAUUCACCCUCGACCAACCAAUGACGUGUUUUGACUGCUAAAAUUGUUUGAUUUGCCAUAACCUUUUGACACAUUUCUGUUUCAUUAAGUUCCCAAAAUGAUUUUAUUAGUAGUUAACAAUUAUCCUUACGCAGUUGUUUGAUUGCAAAUGGGCAGAGUGUUUUUUGCGUCGUAUAAUAGUUAUAUAACAGUCGUUUAACAGUUAUAUAACAGUUGUAUAGCAGUCAUAUAACAGUUGUAUGACAGUUAUAUAACAGGUGUAUAACAGUUAUAUAACCGUCUUAAAACUAAAAUACAACAUUGGUAUGACAGUUGCAGGCCACGGACUUAUAACUGUUGUAUAACCAUUUUACAAAAGUAAGAAGCACUCCAUUUGCAACCAGCAUUAUCCACUUCUCAUCGAUCAACUCUCUCAAUCCGGUUGUACGACAUUAAAUUAAAACAAAUAAACCAAACCGCAAUAGUUUCCCAACACUAGACCGAUCCAAUUUCACCGUCUCAAGGCGUUAAAUCACAACAACUCCUAGCCAACACAAAAAAGUAACGCUAACAAAAAAAACUGUAGAGUAAUUAACUUGUGUACAUUAUGGGGACCAGUUUAAGCGUUGGCUUAAAGUCCAAAACUUAAGUGUUUAUUUGUUGCGCACGCUAUUACAAGAAGCUUUGUCAAUGAUCAGCAACCCUUUAGGUUUGUACUACAAAAAGGCAACCCCCAUCAUAUUGACCCUUUGACCCUGUGACCCCUAAAAAACCCCUUACCAACCUCGAGACGUAACGCAACCCGACUCGAACAGACUCCGCUUUGGUUCGCCUUAAACCCAUCGUAUUACGUAUUUCCCCCACAUUGAUUAAACGCUUGCCAAUUGCCAAUUUUGUAACGACUUGAAUGUAGCUUCAUUAUUAUACAUUUUGUUGGCUGUUUGACAAAUAAUACGAGUACCGACUUUAAUAAAUAAUAGAACACAUGAAAAAAUAACGCAAAACGAUAAAUCGCUUAGUCGAGAAUAAUAAACGAAACAUGCUAUAAACUAAUAACAGAAAAUUAAGUUUGAAAAUUCCGUACAAAAUGCAUAAGUUUAACGAAAAAGCAUAUAAUAUUGAGAAAACUAAUCGAAUAAUAUAUCUACUUAUACUGAGUGCACUGUUAUAAACGAGGGGCGGGGCGAGAUUAAAUAAACAACAACAACAAAAACGAAUCAAACGAAAAUGAAAAUGAAAACAAAAAACCAAAAACAUAUAUUAUAAUGGUAUAUACUUCAAGAUAUUGUAUUAUCUAUGUGUGAAUAACAUCAUCAGCAAAACAACAGCCACACAUGAAGCUUUUGCGACAAGCAAACAAAAAAAAAAACAGACAAACUAACAAAAAGUCGAGGAAGAGAUACUCUAUAAUAGAAGUGUACAUUUACAAUAAUAAAGGACGAAAAAAGAGAAAUGAAUUUUAGCAAGCGGGAAAUUCAAGCGAAACCGAAACGCAAUCGAAAUCGAAAAGUUGAAAAUUAUAUUUGAGGACAUGAAGACGUAGAGGACGACGUCGUGGAAGGACGAUAAUGAUAUUGAUAAGGAAAUCUAUUUCAUAUUUUUAGCAUACGUGUGAACAUAUUUUUUGUGCCGAGGUUACGUUCGAAGCAACACGCGCAUCAUUGCCAUUAGACAAAAUAAAAUUAAUUAUAUAUACAAUAUGCCUAACAAUAAUACGGGAAAACCAAAAAACUACCACUAAUAAUUAUAAAACAACCAAAAACAAAAAACAAAAAAAAAACCAACAACUGCAUAUUUUGUGCUGCUGAAGAAAGUCACAACGCAACAAAAACAUGAUAACAAUAAAACGUAUAUAAAUUUCUAACAAUUUUAGAGCAAUAAAACCACAUUACACAAAAACACACACUCUCACCACAGAAGUUUGCCGAAUAUUUGUACCGCCACUGUAGCGCCCAUCGAUGUGCGAAAGAGAGCGAGAUGGGGCGAAAAGCGCUCGGCACUGCUCUCGCACAGGCCCCACAGUGGCGUCGCAAAGAUUGCAACAAAGAACCGCCAGCAGCAUUCUCAAUUACCAAAUACAAAUGAAAACGCAAAUGCAAGGAGAUGUUGCAAUUACAAAAAACGAUAAAACAUUUUUUUAGAUACACUUCAAAAAUCAAAGCGUGGAAAUUUCUAUAUUAGUUAAUAAUAAAAUCCUUUUUUGUUUACUCACUAUAUUAAAAUGAAAACAAAGAUGGACAAAAACUUUAGCUUUAUACUCGUACAUUUGUAAUAUAUUACAUAAGUCUAGUUAAUUACAUAAAAACAAAGGAAAAUAGAAAAUAUAUUAUAAAUUAUAAUUAUACAAAAGCAAAACAGAAAACUUUUACAAAUAAAAAAAACGCAAAAAAAACAAACAAAACCAAAUCAAACGAAGCAUAGCAAAUGAAAUUCAAAGUAAAUUCAUAAAUAGCGAACAAAAAUCUAAAAAAAAAAGGAGAAAACCAAAAACGAACUGUAAAAAAACAAAAAAAAAAUACAUUUAAAUGUAAAACAGCCAGUUAUUAUGCAUAGCUAAUAAAAUUCAAAUACAGAGAAGAAGCAGGAGGCGAAACCAAGAAAUAAGAACAAUUAUUGCAAUUAGAUAUUCUACAUAAAAAAUUCUAAAUCUUUAGUAAAGCAUAAGUUGCAUAUACAACCACACAAACAUGAACACAAACACCCACACAUACGCAUUCCCGUAUAUACGAAUACGAAACGAGUAACAUUUUUUUUUAUCACGGACUUGAAUGGUUAGUUGUUAUCUUUAUAUCGAGUGUUAUCAGUUGCCAGCCCACUCACCCACCCACACACACACAGACAGACGCCAGAAAGGACCCACACGAGACACAUACAUAGACAGACCUCGGAAAACCAAGCCAAGCAGCAGAGAUUAAGAUACCAAAAUCCAAAAAUCAAUCCAAACCGAACACAAGAACACACAAUUACGAAAGUUGCCAUCCAGCGAAGUAUUUGCAAUUUAUAUUGAGAGCAAGAGUUAAUAGCCGUUUAUAUAAAGCCCGUUGAACACGAAAACAAAACGAAAAAAAGAAAAACCAAAAACAGACUGAAGAAAAUGAGAAUUAUUUAACAAGAAAAUUUAUAUAUAUAAUGAUAGCCAAUAAAGACAAUUGCAUCCAAGAUAUAUGAACCGAAUCACAAAAUGCCAAGCUGCUUUUACAUGCAUCCAGAGCUGAGCCCCAUCCACUCACACUGACACACACAGACACACACACACAGGCCGGAAAUCCUGCCACGCCCACAAACAACCACCCACCCACAAAAACAGACACACAAACUGGAGAUAAAGUAGCUCGUAAAAAGAUUGAGAUAUGAGGGAAAUAUGUAUUUAUAUUUAUACACCAGCAAGCUAGCAAAA